AGUUAUACGGGACGCUCUGAGCAGAGCGGACGUCUCGCCAGCUCCUCCCGAACUUUCUGUUACGUCACACGAUAUAGCCCGGGGUGAAAUUCGGUGUUGUGUUCCGAUUUAGUGGGAUGGUGAUUCAAUGAUACAAGUGAAAUGGUGCGACGGUUGGUAGACCGGCGUGUUUCGUUCACGCAUCUGUGCACUGUCUUUCUAUGGCUGGUCACCUGCUUCAAUGGUCGAAACGCGGUGAAGAUAGUGAAAGUUGUGGUCCCCGAGAUAAUUCAGUACGGUGUACAAGACGCUGUUAUAUUAGACUGUGAUUACACAUACGGAAACAACACGUCCGGCCUCAUGGUUAAAUGGUUCUUCAAGAACAACGCGAGGCCGGUUUAUCAAUGGAUAGUGCCUCAAAAGCCACAGGACAUGGGCAUACUCAGAGGCCGGGUGGACCUCACUUAUCGGGCGUCUAACGAUCCACUGAAGAUGCACAGAGCAUUACGUAUAGUUAAGCCCAAUACAGACAUUUCUGGUGAUUACACGUGUGUUGUGUCAACUUUUAUGGAGGAAGAUUCUAGAACGAAACAAAUGACUGUGUUCGUGCCGGAGACCAAUUUCCGGUUGAUACAGAACAAAACAGACGAUGACACAGUGAACGUCAUCUGUGCAGCGGAAGGUGCCUUCCCAGCGCCGAACCUCACACUCGCCACGCCGGAAAGGCGGCUCGAUGGCAUAGCUCACAAUUUGAAGCUGGUCAACGGCAGAUAUUCCGCAGUAGCCUCCGUGACCCUCAACGAUGCCGACCUUCCCUCCCCGGCGGAGUUCAUCUGCACGCUGAGGAUAACACAAGCGAACUACGCUGUUAGAAAAGAAUCUAUAUACUAUCCAGGUCCUAUCAGCACAACUCCCGAGAUGCCAACAGCGGCCGACAUGCAGCUUGCGGCCGCCGUAGGAUCAAAAGGAACAAAUAUCUACACGGCGCUCAGCAUAUUCUUGCUGCCGGCUUUCAUUCCAGCACUCUUAUAAAGUUUGAAGACGACGAAGUUAUGAAACAACCCUAUAAAAUUCCGUGCUCGUGUGACAAAGCUAAUGUGACAUUUAGAUGUCGCGUGUAAAUUGAUCUUUUAUUUACUUCAGCAAGCGUUCUUCUCAGUUACGAAUGUACAUUAGAAUUGAAACGAGAAAAAUGUAUAAUAUUGAAUUGGAAUAUUGUCGUGACUAAAGGCAAUAAGCUUGUAACCGUUAAGUUUAAAUCAUUUCAAAGUCAUUUGUACGUAAGGUGAAGUGUGUUCACGGGUGCUCACCGUUUUAAAUUGUUCAUAACGUGGAAAAAGAGUUAAAUUUCAAAGUCUCCACGAACGUUUUGUACCAAACUGUUUUGGAACGAAGUUCCUUAUCGCGCGUUGUGAAAGGGGGCUAGACGGAAAAAGUUCUUACGAAAAGUUGUCACGACACUUUUUAGAUCCGUCAUUUUGACCAAUCAACGUGUAGGCGCUUACCGCGUGACAUUGCUCGUAUCCGAUUGGUCCGCGUAAUGAGUACAGUUUCUCGAGAUAGCGUUUCAACAAUAGUAAUUUAGUUCAUAGUAUUGUUUUUUUCUUCUUCAUAAUGCCGUAAUUUAUUAUUAUAACUUAAAAAAAAUAUUACAAUUCCUUCACUAAUUAAGUAAUCCUUCCUUAAUUAAGUAGUUCCUUCCUUAAUUAAUCGAAAGGAGCUUCGUUCCAUCCGGGUGUCCCUUGACACCUCUGAAGUUUUUUUUUUGUUUGUAUUCGAUGGCGGUGACGAAAUUCGAAUUUCUAGUCGGAUAACCCAAAGUGAAAUUUUAAUAAAUCCUAUUUGUUUCGUAUGCGCAACGUACAAUCGUUCCCUCGUCCAAAGCACUGAAGCUGCCGUGCGAAUAAAAUAGCUUUACGUGUCUUAAAUUAAGAUUAAUACGGUUUUAAGAAUUACGACCACCGAUGUUGUAAAUAAACUGGAAUUAGUAUCAUUUAAAUACGUACAUACGUAUGUUUUAAAAUAAAUCCAUAUAGAAUAAAUACAAAGAAAGGUUCUGGAAGGCCGCUUAAAAUACUUCAAAGUGAAACAUGGUUUCGUUUAAAAGCAUUAGUGUACCUGAAAAAUGUCUACUGUUAGUCUUAAUUAAAAUUUCUUUUACGGUUUAUAUAUUAUUAUCGCGAUCGUUAUUUUUUUUUGAAUUUCUUUUCAAUGUCUACAAACUUUUUUUAUAGAGAAUUAGAAGGUAGUUAAUUAGCACAAAAAUAAAUGUCGAUGAAUAACAUAAUUUUUUUCCUACCUAAUCUGAUAGCAUUGAGAGGCUAUGUCAGCGUAAUCGGGCGAGUAGUGUUGCUAAGACUGGCCCUAGCAAGAGCAAUGCUUCGUAGAAUCUACCACCGGGUCGGAAACGCGACCCACUGAGAAAGGCAAUAAAAAAAAUAAAAAAAAGAUCCGGCGAGAAACUCAGUGGGCUGUGUCUAUGGGCUAAUUUACUCGUCGAGCCCUUCGUCACAAGCGACGGGUUCAACGAGGACGGUGACCGGUGCUUGUGGUACCUAAAAGCACCGUUAAUAGAUCGAGAGGAUCCGUAAUGACGUGUUUAAGGCUGAAUAAAACCUUAAUCCUUCGUGACCACGAAAACUGUAAAGUAGUCGAAACAUAUAAAACAAUAAAAUAAAAAUAAAAAUGCGAGACUAAACCGUAAAAGUAGUUUUAAUUAUGUCCAUUACUCACGAAAACCGUAAAAAAUAUUACGUUUAGUCACAAUCGAAAUGAGUUAUCGUAGUUAUAUAAGCCCGUUAUAAAUACAAUGUGAAAAAAUCUUUACUGGUGGUAGGACCUCUUGUGAGUCCGCGCGGGUAGGUACCACCGCCCUGCCUAUUUCUGCCGUGAAGCGGAAAUGCGUUUCGGUCUGAAGGGUAGGGCAGCCGUUGUAACUUUACUGAGAUCUUACAACUGAUAUCUCAAGGUGAGUGCCGCAUUUACGUUGUAGAUGUCUAUGGGCUCCAGUAACCACUUAACACCAGGUGGGCUGUGAGACCGUCCACCCAUCUAAGCAAUAAAAAAAAAUCUAUACCGUUAUCAGGUAGUUGUAUUUUAACGGGCUUGUAAAUCUUUGAUAACUAAUUAUGAAUUAGUAUUUGAAAUUGAGAAUUGUAUUUUAAUAGCCGCCAGAGUUAAUAGUCUCGUAAGAGCGCGAAAGGUGUCCAUGGGCAGUGAUGUGAGAUUCUUUACACAGCACACUGCAGAUGCACGAAAUUUGGAUUUACUGAAACAAUUGGCUGUAGAGCAUUGGCACAUAUAGGUAGUUUUCCAAUUACAGCACAAGAGCGCAUUAUGCGGCAUAAUGCUCAACGUUGAAUGUUCAAACUACAGCAACGCUUCGCACAAUCGAGCACUCUCAAAAGUACUGCUCUCGCGUGAUACUCGCGAUCGAUACCGACUCAGUGACAGAAAAUUAACAAGUGUUUUUUCUUUAAGUUAUCAUUGAUCGAAAUUUUGUUUAUAUUAUCGUUAGUAAUAUUAUUUAAUGUUGAAAAAAAUUGUAAGGCUUUCGUUUCGUCGUAGUUUCUUAGAAAUAAUUAAUGUUAAUUAAAACUGUGCUAACUCAGCGCACUCUUCUGAUGCAUUUGAAAACUAAUUCACGUUCCAAUUAAGCUUCAGCAUAAUUCGGCAUUGGGCGUCACUGAGUGGCAUUAUGCUCUGUAAUUGGAAAACUACCAUAGUUGUCGAUUUAUUAUGUAAUUCAGGAUAUGAAGUCCAUAUUUACUUUAAAAAAAUCACAAGAACUGAAAAACUAGAUGUAGAUGCGGCUUAUUGUUUAUUUGUGAAACGAAAGAACCCGACUUACAAUACCGUUAAUGUAAAUAAAUUGUUUGUCCUUCUUGUGAAGAAUUUGUACAGUUUCAUCGUAGCUAGUUUUUAUGGGACAGAGGCCUAAUGACGGAGUAAAUCGUAAUUCACAUCCAAAUUUAUUUAUUAUAGUAUUUAAUAUUAAAUGGGCAAAAUGUAAAUCGUGACAUAAUAUAUAAGGAAUUACGUGAUUUUUACUCAAAUAUAAUUAAUUUUAUUUUAUCCCCAUUUUUGUGAUUUAAUUAUGAGGUAAUUACUGAAUAAGGUUUUUUUUACCUUAUUAAGCAGCAAUCGCUACCUUUACAAGAAGUAUAUAAGAUAUUUAUUUCAAUUAUAUCAAUAUAUUUAUUUCAAGGAGAAGCAACAGCAACAGAUUACAUGAGUUUUUGAGUAUAUUAAUUUAUAGAAUUUAUGAAUUUAGUGAAUAUCGAAAUUAGUGGGCGAAUUUGACAAUAUAAUAGUAUUUUCUAAAUAAAAGUAUAAAUUUUUUGCGCAUCGCACGUCCUACGUCAGAUAUUAUUUGAUAAAUCACGCUAAUUCCCAUUUUCUGUCACGAUAAUUACAAGUUGAAAUUAAUUAUAUCUAGUUAAGUUUUUUCCAAAGAAUAUUUUGAUAGUUAAGUUUAAACAUAUUUAUUUUGCGGCUUGAAUUUAAAAGUGAUGACGCAAAAUGGAAUAUGCAUGGAAUGUACCAAAAGAAGUUUUUAAUAAAUUAAUAUUAUAUUUAAGAUUUAUUUAACAAUGUUUUUUUUUUAUAAAUUUAAGUUGAUUUUAUGAUUUCACGGGAUGGUAAUGUUUUUUACAGUCGACGAAAUCUGACUUAGACUAUCGCGUGAAAUCUCUUAAAAUGAAUGAUGUAUGUGUUAUUUAGCAUAAAAUCCCUAAUAAACUUUUAUCGAAUAUUUACCAAUUCCCGGGGUAUAUAUGAGGCAGUCGGCGCAAAAGUGUCCUAAGCUUAUCAUAGUUAAUAUGGAGAUAAUGAGGUUGGAAUUUACUUUAAUACUGGCAAAAACAAUACUCGCAAAAAUAAUUUUUACAAAGCCAUCUGUUCUGUAUGGAUAAGACUAGAGAUAGGUCGGUUUUGCAUCAAAAUUUAUUAUCUCUUAAAUAAAUUGAAACAUAUAAACGCGAAUAUGAAAAAUUGUGGGUUAGGCUACUUUUGUGGUGACCGCCUCAUAUAGGUCAAUCAACCGGUUACAUAUAAUCAAGGGAUAAAGUUUCCGUAACGUAAUCACAGUAAUUUUGUUCUUAAAUGUUGAAGAGUUAAAGCUGAUAGCAAAAUAAAAUUUACGAUAUAUUUUUAUUUAUUUGAUUUGAUAUUUUUUAUUGUCUUAGAUGGGUGAACGACCUCAUGGCUUAACUUAAAUUCGAGUUAUCGAAAUCCAUAGACAAGACAAUAGCUAAGAGUCUAAGUCUUACUGCAUAAGCUAUUCCACACUUCAAGCUCGACCGCAUGACUGCUUUACAACCGGAAUAAGCAGGAUUGUGGUAUCUACCCGUACUGGCUCAAUACGACCUAUCAACAGUUUCAUAGCUGUAUCUGGGCAGACCAGCACACGGCGCGCCUGGUGUUAAGUGGGCGCUGCGUUAGCGUUGUCGAGCGCUUGCAAACGUCAACAUAUUUUUUUUGUCUCAAACAAAACAUGUCACCCGACUUCGUUUGUAAGGGCCACUUUGUAAAUAUUUGUACGAAUUAUGAUCACGUAAAUAAUAAUAAGAUUUUUAUUUGUACUAAAUGUAUUUCGCUGUGCAUACUGCUGUUAAUGGAUAAGAUCCAUUCGAGACUUUAUUGUGAGAUUUCAAAAAAAAAAAAAAGGUAUGAUUAAAAAUGGAUCGUUGUGUA